AUGGCAUCCGGUGCCGAAGCUCUCCUCGCCCUUACGGGUAGACGCACCACAGGUCAAAGUAUUCGGACUCAGAAUGUGACUGCUGCUGUGGCAAUCGCAAAUAUUGUGAAGUCCUCCCUUGGUCCUGUUGGGCUCGACAAGAUGCUUGUUGAUGAUGAUGUCAUUGUAACUAAUGAUGGUGCUACUAUUCUGAAGCAACUUGAAGUAGAGCAUCCGGCUGGGAAAGUCCUCGUCGAGUUAGCGCAGCUUCAGGAUGAUGAGGUUGGUGAUGGUACCACCUCAGUAGUCAUCGUUGCCGCUGAACUGCUAAAAGCUGCCGAUGAGCUUGUCAAAAACAAGCUUCACCCCACUACCGUCAUCAACGGUUAUAGGCUCGCUUGUAAAGAGGCUGUCAAAUACAUGCAGGAAAAUUUGUCAUUUUCCGUUGACGAGUUGGGCCGACAGUCGCUUAUCGAAGCUGCAAAAACAUCUAUGAGCAGCAAACUCAUUGGAUCAGACUCUGACUUCUUCGCUGCUCUUUGCGUAGAUGCAGCCGAAGCUGUGAAGGUGACGGACUCGACCGGCAAGAUAACUUAUCCAAUUGCUGCCGUAAAUGUAUUGAAAGCGCAUGGAAAGAGUGCUCGCGAAUCAAUGCUCAUCAAGGGAUACGCUCUGAAUUGCACAGUGGCUAGCCAAGCGAUGCCACUCUCAGUUCCAAACGCAAAGAUUGCUUGCCUUGACUUUUCUCUACAAAAGGCAAAAAUGCACCUUGGAAUAUCUGUCAUUGUUGAGUCCCCGGAGAAACUGGAGGCUAUCCGGCGGGAAGAGUUCGACAUCACGAAACGCCGAAUUGAGAAAAUUUUGAAAGCAGGAGCAAAUGUAAUACUCACCACUGGAGGUAUUGAUGAUCUCUGUCUGAAGCAGUUUGUUGAGGCGGGUGCAAUGGCGGUACGACGUUGUAAGAAGGUGGACUUGAAGCGAAUUGCUAAAGCCACUGGAGCAACUCUGGUGAGCUCACUAGCGAACUUGGAAGGCGAUGAAUCCUUUGAUGCGUCUCUUCUUGGGCACGCCGAGGAGGUUGUUCAGGAACGAAUAAGUGAUGAUGAGCUUAUUUUCGUAAAAGGUCCCAAAGCUCGCACUGCUAGUUCAAUCAUUCUCAGAGGAGCCAACGAUGUCAUGCUGGAUGAAAUGGAGCGGUCUGUUCACGAUGCGCUUUGUGUUGUUCGUCGCGCUCUAGAAAGUCGUCGCUUGGUAGUCGGUGGUGGUGCGGUGGAAACUGCCUUGAACGUUUGGCUAGAAGCCUUCGCAACCACACUAUCAUCUCGCGAACAACUUGCUGUUGCUGAGUUCGCACAAGCGCUCUUGGUUAUACCUAAGACGCUGUCUGCUAAUGCUGCAAAGGACUCGACCGAGCUCGUAGCCAAGCUUCGCGCUUUCCACCACAAGGCACAAACAAAUGCGCAAUUGCAGCAUCUGAAAUGGGCUGGACUUGACCUGGAAGCUGGCGAUAUUCGUGACAACCGCGUUGCUGGGGUUAUUGAGCCACUUCUUAGCAAAGUAAAGUCCCUCAAGUUUGCUACAGAAGCAGCAAUCACUAUUCUGCGCAUCGAUGACCUUAUCAAGUUGGACAAGCAGGAACCAUCUCGGGGUGACGAUGAAUGUGGAGCGUAA